UCCGACCACAACUUCUUUUUAUCCUGUCCGUCUUCUCUGUCCGUCUUCUCUGCCUCUCUCUCUCUCGAUUUCUGUAGAAAGCUGCAGAGAUUUCUCUCCCGGCGCUACAUCGCGGGAACACUCGCCGGAGACUCCGAGCUUCAUGCGAGCGCCGCUCGGCGGCGAGAGCAGAUUCCGACCGGCGAUCGGCGGUCCGCGGCGAUGGGGGUCCCGAGCCACGACGCCGUGCUAAUCCAGAAGCCGAAGAAGCCUGGGGAGCCCCACGUCAUUACUGUGAAUUGCCCCGACAAGACCGGCCUCGGAUGCGAUAUCUGCAGGACCAUUCUCGACUUCGGCCUUUGCAUCACCAAAGGAGAUAUUUCGACUGAUGGAAUCUGGUGCUACAUUGUAUUAUGGGUGCUUCCACAUACCAGCACGCUCAUUGUGAAAUGGUCGAAUUUGAAAGACCGUCUUAUGUCCGCAUGCCCGUCAUCCUCAGUGCAAUUUUACCUGACCAUCAGCCAGCACAUUACAUCAUCUCCAGUGUAUCUAUUGAAGUUUCUCUCUCUUGAUCGCAAGGGUUUGUUACAUGAUGUUACUCGAGUUCUCUGUGAGCUUGAACUCACAAUUCAAAGGGUGAAAGUGAUGACAACCCCAGAUGAGAGAGUCCUGGACCUCUUCUUUAUCACUGAUAACAUGGACCUUCUACACACAAAAAAACGGCAAGAUCAGACAUGUGAACAAUUGUAUGCAGUUUUAGGUGAAUCGUGUAUCAGCUGUGAACUCCAGUUGGCGGGCCCUGAGUAUGGGGGCCAUCAGGCUAUUUUAACACUCUCUCCUGCAGUCGCUGAAGAACUUUUUAGAUGUGAACCACUUAAGGAUGAGACUUAUUCACGAGCCCUUACUCCAGACUUGACAAAAUUGAAGAAGACCACUAUCAGUGCAGACAAUACUCUGAGCCCAGCUCAUACACUGCUCCAGAUCCACUCUGUCGAUCACAAGGGACUGCUGUAUGACAUUAUGAGAACCUUGAAAGAUUGCAGCAUUCAGAUAGCCUAUGGUCGAUUCUCGCCAAAUGUCAAUGGGCAUCGUGAUCUAGACCUUUUUAUCCAGCAAACAGGUGGGAAAAAGAUUGUUGAUCCUGAAAAGCAGAGUGCACUUAUUUCUAGGUUGAAAUUGGAGAUGCUCCAUCCACUACGAGUUAUCAUUUCCAGCCGUGGGCCGGACACCGAGUUACUAGUAGCUAAUCCUGUUGAGUUAUCUGGCAAGGGAAGACCACGAGUUUUCUAUGAUGUUACCCUGGCACUAAAAAUGUUGGGCAUCUGUAUUUUCUCGGCUGAAAUUGGCAGGCAUUUUGCAUCAGAUCGAGAGUGGGAAGUAUACAAAUUUCUCCUGGAAGCUAGUGGUGAAUUCCAGUUCACAAAUGCAAUGGCUAAAAAUCAGAUUGUGGAUAGAGUUAGAAGAACAUUGAUGGGCUGGUGAUUAUAUUAUUGACCUCUGUGCCUCCGCAUCUGGACCCUCAGUCUUUCCAUGUGGUCUGUCACCCCCAUUUUCCUUCUAGCAUAGAGUAUGUAUAACUUGUUUACACAGUGCAUUUCUUUAUGGUACAGGCUUGUAUUAUUGCUUUGUCCUUCUCUGUCUGCCAAUUCUCAUAUGCCAAGCAUCACUUCAUUGUAGAGAAGAUGCCAGUAGUGGGCAUGUUGGCUCGUUUCUUGACUUUUGAUAAAGUAGCUCGAUUGCCUUUU